AUGCUGCAACUCCACAUCCCAUUCUGUCAUGGAGCUGUCAUUGGCAUUGCUUCUGUCAAAAGCCAAAGAGUGAGAAAGUCAACCUAUUUUGGGGAUGAUGGGUGUGGGAGUUGCCUGGACUGUCCAGUGUGUGGACACCACUUGUCAACCCGGAUGGUAAGUUCUACACCAUCCGGAUCCACAUCUUCUCCAGUCCCCCCUACCAAUAAGGGAGUAUCUGCAUCCUCUUCAACAGGGGAAGAAUCUCCAUCUCAAUCAGCCACUGCCAAGCGGGUUUAUUACCUGGCUUGCAGUGUCUGUCAUUGGAAUUCACGGGAAGCUUCUCUUCCCGAUCAGAAUGUUGCAAAAGGUGGAUGGCCAACAUUGGAGAACCUGGAUGCCAAGACAAUUGAGAGCAAUAUAGAGCAUUACUCAGCCUUAGUCUACUUGGAGAAAGCCGAGCGAUUGGAUCCUCACAGGCGGGCCUUGAAGAAACCCCGUUCAUACUAUUUCUUAUCUGAGAGGUAUCAUGCCUCUGCUGCUUCAGCCCGACUUCGAGCAGGCUUGCCUCCACUGAGUGUGCCAAGUCCAAGAUCUGGUUCAGACCCCAUCCCUCAGCCAUCACGCAAGUUUGAGGCCACUGAUGACCUACCUCGUCUUUUGCCCAAGCUUCUUACUGAGCAUUUGGUUUUGGACAGAGUGACAGGGAUAUCAGAACGGCAUGCAUGUCCAGAGCUGCAAGCUGAGCUACCUCAAGAUCUUCACCCAAUCCAUCGUCACUUGUCAGUGAAGAGAUCCCUGCGUUGUCGCAGCUGUGAACAUAAUGUUUGCCGACCUGAGCAUCUUGCCAUGGCCAUCAAGUUCAAGAUUCAGAAUGCAGCCUAUUACCACAUCCCAGAGGUCAGAUUGGGGCAUCUUCCGGUUCGUACUGAAGAGGAUGAAUGGGAUGUCCUCUUGAUCUUCAUCAAUCACAGCAAACAUGAGAUGAAGAUCCAGAUUCAGGACCUUAAUGAAUGGGAUCCUGAAGAAAAGGUGAAGGAGUUUCAGAAGGGAAAGGGGUCAGAGAAGGCAGAGGAUGGGUUGCAUGUGUUGUCUGUGCCUUUGGUUUUGGAACCAAGAAGGAAAUUUGAGAUGAUGGCAGAUGUAUCUACAUUGGGUCUCCCCUCAGGAGAUAUCAUCGUGGAUCCCCUAGAUGAAGCAGCCGACAUUGGUUCCUCUUCCUUCUCCUCUCCACUUGAUCCAUCUUCUGCUCAGUUUCCUGUGAUUGUAUGGAGAUCGGAGAACAAGGUGGCUGUGGGUCUCCGGGCCAAAGGGAAGAUCAGUAUGGAUGCAUCAGCAAAGAUGGGGUUCCUGCUGCAGUAUGACUGCUUAAACAAGCUGAGUGAUUCCACUCAUUCACCUGGUUCUAAGGUAGACACAUCACAGCAGCCAGUCCCUGUCCAAAUCCCUAUAUUCGUCCAUCUUGGACACAUCUACUGAGGAUUUUCACUGUUCCAUUCUUAUUACUCAUUUUAUUUAUUAUUUCCAUGUAUUUGGCUUCCAUAAGUUUUUAUACCCAUGUCAAUUUACAUGAACAAGAUGGAU